UAGGGCAGAGAUGAGGAAGGAUGGCUAGGGCUCCUUCUCGACCAAGAAGGAAUGUGGUGGUGCUCGUCAGACUCAAGAGAUGGAUGAGCAGGAGUUGUCCACAGCAGAAAGGAUCGUCGUCGGUGACGGAGAGCGAGCUAGUUCAGGUUGGUCUUCAGGGAGAUCCGGAAGGAUUCGUUGGGCUUCUGCGUGUGUGCGCAGAGGAGAGGUCACUAGAAGAUGGCAGGCUUGUCCACGAGCAGAUUCUCAAGUGUGGAUACGGCAGUCAUGCGUUUCUCGGUAAUCUGCUCGUGGACAUGUAUGGGAAAUGCGGGGAUAUGGAGAGUGCCCGUGCUGCCUUCCAGGCCAUCCAGGCAAAGAACAUCUACUCGUGGACCAUCUUGCUUACGGCCUACAGCAAGGGUGGCCACGGGAGAGCAGUACUCAGGCUCGUCCAGGAGAUGGACUUGGAGGGGUUUAAGGCCGAGAAGGUGACGUACUUGGCAGUCGUGGAUGCCUGUUCGAAGCUGUUCGACUUGAACAGAGCCAAGCAGGCACACUCGAGGAUUGUGGAGAGCGGGUGGCAUGCAAAUCUCAACGUGGGAAACGCGCUUGUGGGCAUGUAUGGGAGGUGCGGGGACUGCCAGACGGCCAGGAUGGUUUUCGAAGGCUUGCCUGAGAAGACCGUCGUGUCCUGGAACACUGUGAUAGGAGCCUAUGCUCGGAAUGGACUGGCCAAGGAUGCUCUCCGACUGAUGAAGGCGAUGGAUCUGGAAGGCAUGAAAGCGGACAGGAUCACAUUCCUGAGUCUGGUCGAAGCUUGCACGGGCCUGGGGUGCCUGGCCGAGUCGAGGCUGGCUUAUGCUCGAGUUGUUUCGAGUGGACUCGGCUCCGACGUCGCAGUGGCUGCCUCGCUUGUCAACAUGUUUGGGAAGAGCAGCAGCUUGGCGGAUGCCAAACUCGCCUUCGAUACCAUACCGGAGAAGAAUGUCGUCUCGUGGAAUGUCAUAAUGGCAGCUUACAACCAGAACGGGUGUCCGACAGAAGCUCUUCGGUUGUUUUACGAGAUGACUGAACCGGACAAGGUCAGCUUUUUAUAUGCUCUCGACGCUUGCGUGAGCCUGAAAGCUCUGUCAGAUGGCCGGGACGUUCAUGCGAGUGUCACAAGGCAUGGUUUCGGCUCCGAUCUUGUCCUGGGGAAUGCACUCAUCAACAUGUACAGCAAAUGCUCGAGUCCAGCUGAUGCCAGAAACGUUUUCGACGGGAUGACGGUCAGGGACUCCGUGUCGUGGAACACGAUGAUUGCAACUUACGCCAGGAAUGGUUUUGGAGAGGAGGCAGUGGAGGUGUUUCACGAGAUGGCUCUGGUGGGGAUUCCUCCUGACAAGUACACGCUGAUCAGCGCUCUCGACGGUUGCUGCGGAUUGUCGUGCCCCGACAGAGGCCUGAAAAAAGGCAGAGAGAUUCACAGACGAAUCCAGAGUAUUGGCUUCAUGUCCGACGUAGCGUUACAGACAGGACUGAUCAAAAUGUAUGGGAAGUUUGGAGAGGUGAUCGAGGCCAGGAGAUUGUUCGAUGGAAUGAGUAGGAGAGUUGCUCUCACCUGGGCCAGGAUGAUCACUGCAUACGGACAGAACGGUUUCGGAAACGAAGCCAUCGAGCUCUACAAGCAGAUCGACGUGGUUCCCGACAAGGUGAUAUUCGCGAGCGUUCUUGACGCGUGCUCGAGCGCCAUGAACCUCGAAGAAGGCAAGCGAAUCCACGCAAGGAUAGUGGAAGGCAAGUUUGAGAUAGACACGGUGGUGAACAACACUCUGCUCGACUUAUACGGGAUGUGCGGGUGUCUGGAGGAAGCCAAAGCCGUGUUCCACAGCAUGCAAGAGCAAGACAGGGACGUGGUCUCGUGGAAUUCCAUCAUUAGAGCUCAUCUCCACAACGAUCAGCCGAAGGAAGCCUUGGGCCUCUUCUUCGAGAUGCAAGAGGCUUGCGGUCCCAGGCAAGACCGAGUGAGCUACGUGAGUGCUCUCGACGCCUGCUCGGCCAUGGGGAGUGACGGCCUCGUCCAUGGCAAAACUCUGCACGGUUUGAUCCUCGCCAACCGGAUCCACAUCGACGUCUACGUUGGCACUGCGCUGGUUACCAUGUAUGGGAGGUGCGGCGACGUGGUGGAAGCCAAGCAGGUGUUCGACGUGAUGCCGAGCAAAAACGCGGUCACUUGGACGUCCAUGAUACGGGGAUACUCGACGAACGGUUUUGCGAGAGAAGCCGUGGAGGUGUUCCAGAAGAUGGAACAGGAGGGCUGCCGUGCUGACAAGAUCGUCUACGUCGCGGUGAUGGAGGCAAGCAGGGGCAUCGAGGACGUGAAGAUGGCGGCGAAGAUCCACAGCCGGCUUUCGGACCUGGGGUGGUGCUCGGACUCGGCCAUCCAGUCGUCGCUCAUCGCCAUGCACGGCAAAUGUGGCAGUGUGGAGGUGGCGAGGCGGGUGUUCGACGCCAUGGAGGAGAAGUCACGGGGAUCUCCGGCUUGGAACGCCAUGAUCGCAGCUUACUCGAGGCGAGGCGACAAGGAGGCGGUGCUGGAGCUGUUCCAGGCGAUGCAAGCCGCAUCGGUGAGGCCGGAUCGAGCAACUUUCCUGGGACUUCUAGCAGUCGGCGGCAGCUUCUCCCCGAGCGAGGCCAGCGCCGUGCAGCACGCCAUCCUCUCCACCGGCAUGGAGACGGACUCCCUCGUCGGCACCGCGCUGCUCAACACGCUGACGAGAUCCGGCAAAGUUGGCGAGGCCCGGCGGGUGUUCGAUCGCCUGGACAAGCGCGACGUGGUGUCGUGGACGUCGAUGAUGGUGGCGUAUGCCUCGCACGGGUCGAGCCUGGAAGCCAUCGAUCUCUUCCAGGAGAUGCAGCUCCAGGGGAUGGAGCCCGACGAGGUGGCGUUCCUGGCCGUGCUCUUCGCUUGCAACCACGCCGGGUUCUUCCGCCGGGGGUGGGACUACUUCGCGAGCAUGCGCGGAGACUAUGAUCUGGAAGCUGGGGCCGAUCACUACUGCUGCGUGGUGGAUCUUUUGGGCCGAGCUGGGAGGCUGGCGGACGCCGAGGACUUGAUCGUGAGCAUGCCGUUCAAGCCCGACGAGGCCACGUGGUCGGCGCUGGUUGGCGCUUGCAACACGCACGGUGACGUGGAACGUGCGGCCAGGAUCUCGAGGGCGAUGGAGGCGGAGGAGCGGGCCGCCACACACGUGUCGUUGUGUAAUACGUUCGUGGCUGCCUGAAUGGACCGGUUCAACAGCGACCGUUUUGCGCUGAUUAGCGUUUGGACGGGCCGGUCAACAUAGCAUUGACUAUGAAUGGAUGUACCGGUCAACAGCGACAGUUUGCGCUGACUAGCAUUGACUAGCAUCAAAAAGGAAGAUUUUAACUUUA